UCCGUCACAUCGCGGCGUCCACCGCGUCGUGAAACGGAAUCGCUCAACUAUCCACCCCUGGUAGUGGGGCGUUCGAUCAUCUUUGAUUGGCCCAUCGCUUUAAGUACAGGUGGGCAGGUGGAACACUCAAGAAGACAACGCUAGCAGUGACCAAGUGUAUGUUUGUCUGUCGGUCCAUCGGUGUAUGAGAAAGCGAACAUUCACUCACAGCUCAUUCACAGCAUCGAUCUUUCCGACCUGCCUGUGGGUACGUAAACCGAUUCGAUAACGAGAACCGGUUCAAACCCAUGCAUCCCGGAAGAAAAUCCACCUGCAGCAAAAUCGUGGUCGUAAUAAAUCGAAUUGCCCAUUGCAAUCAUUAAUGAACAAAACGCGAACUUAUUACACGAUACCUACCAACAAUAGGUGUUAGUAGUACGAGUACACAACUAAUAAAGUUCCUGCAAAAGUGAUGCGUAGACCCGUUUGCUAUUAUGCUAACAACUAAAACAUAAUAAACGUAACGUGUGAAGUGUCUUAAUGCUUAGUCAAAUAAGAGCGGUUGACAGCGUCGACAAAUAAAAUAAUGUUUGAAAGACGCCCGCCGGUGAAAACACUCCAACGUCGCUGUCAGUUAUUAGUUGUUUGAAUAUCCUCGCGUGCGGCUGUUUUGAACGACGACUCACUAAGGAGGUGGUUGGUAUUAUUUUAUUAGUUGCGGGGGUUACAGCGGCACGGACAGUUCCGGGCCUCGGGGUAAUAGUGGACGUCAUUGCUGGUGAGUGGUGAUGCUUGGUGAUGAUGUGUUCCUUUGGAUGAAGAAGCAGCAGGAUGCCAACCCGGAAAACGGGUCGGAUGACGACUGGACUCACCAUUUGCGCAAUCGCCUCCUUUUUAUAUACCUUCAGGUUGGUGUGCGGUGUAUUGGCUCUCGGCGCUGAAGUGAUUUGCGAGCGUGUACCAGGCUUGACGGCUAGGCAACGGGAAAUGUGUCGUACCGCACCGGAUGCAAUGGUUGCAGUAGGCGACGGAAUCCGCAUCGCAAGCGCCGAAUGUCGCUAUCAGUUUCGACAUCAACGAUGGAAUUGCUCUGGCAUAAACAACCCCACAUCGUUUGGGCACGUUAUCACAGUUGGAUCUCGAGAAGCAGCGUUUGCUUACGCUAUUUCCAGCGCGGGUGUUUCCUAUUCUGUCACUGCAGCGUGUGCUAGGGGCAACAUUUCAACCUGUGGCUGUGCUCCAGCGGUCAAAUCGAAAGAGCCAUCCACUCCAGGUUGGAAAUGGGCUGGCUGCAGCGUCGAUAUUGAGUAUGGGACACGCUUUGCAAGAAAAUUCCUAGAUGCAAGAGAACUCGAGGGUGACGAGAGAAGCUUAAUGAAUUUGCAUAAUAACAGAGCAGGUCGAAAGGUCCUGCACGGGAACUUGGUAAAGGACUGCAAAUGUCACGGGGUAUCAGGCAGUUGUACUAUGAAAACCUGUUGGAAAAGUUUGCCUCCAUUUCGACGUAUAGGUGACAUUCUCAUGAAGAAAUAUUACAGAGCCCGUCCAGUUAGUUCGAGUCCCGCCUCUCCAGGUUUGCGAGAUAUUGACAACUUUUUUCCGAAAAAGCCAAGAAAGAUCCAAUUGGUUCUUAAAAAGGGUAAGAUACCGAUAAAGAAGGUUCCCAAAAAGGUGGAUCUGGUUUUUCUUCAAAUGUCACCCAACUAUUGUGAAAGGGAUCCUACCACGGGUUCAUUGGGAACCGUUGGAAGAAUUUGUAACAGAACAUCUAGAGGUACCGAUGGUUGUGAUUUGAUGUGUUGCGGCAGAGGUUAUAACACACAUCAAUAUACGCGAACAUGGCAGUGCAGGUGUAAAUUUCAUUGGUGUUGUUACGUCGACUGUGACACUUGUAGUGAAAGAACUGAUGAAUACACUUGCAAGUAAUAAUUAAUUUAUCGGCACCAGUGCGAACAUUUAUUAUAAUACACAACAAACUGUGAUGAUCAUUUUACAUGUAUUUAUUUUACCUUUUAUGACAAAUCGCUACUUACUUACCGUACAUUCUGUAAAUAAUUUGACAAUUUCAUCAGUAUUUACAAUGACAUUCCAGAGUAUUAUUAUUUCUUGACUUAGCCAUGUACUUAUGUAGUUUACCAUUUUAGUAACUUAUGUUA